UCAAAUUGAAGCUCGGAGAUGCUCCUGCGGGUGGAAGCGCCACAUCUAAGAAGGAAGAACCCAAGAAGGAGAAACUCAAGAAGGAGGAGCCCAAGAUGGAGGCACCAAAGAAGGAGGAACCAAAGAAAGAGGAGGCCAAGAAAGUGGAGGUCAAGAAAGAGGAGCCCAAGAAGGAAGACGCUGCUGCAACCCCCAAGCCUUCCAAGGCCCCAACUUCAUCUCCAUCAUCAUCAUCAUCAUCAUCAUCCGAGCCCUCCACUCACACCGUCGCCUUCAGCCGGGAGGAACGUGUAGUCAAGAUGAACCGCAUGCGCCAGACGAUCGCCAAGCGUCUGAAGCAGUCUCAGGAGAACGCAGCCUCGCUUACUACAUUUAACGAGGUCGAUAUGAGCAACCUGAUGAAGCUCCGUGCUAACUACAAGGAUGCAGUUUUGAAGAAGCACAACGUAAAGCUGGGAUUCAUGUCCGCCUUUGUCAAGGCCUCGUGCUACGCUCUCAAGGAAUUACCCGCCGUGAACGCAAGGAUCGAUGGCGACAACAUUAUCUACAAUGACUACGCCGACGUCUCUGUCGCUGUUGCUACGCCCAAGGGUCUCGUCACCCCAGUCAUCCGCAACGCAGAGAGCCUUUCCUUUGUUGAGGUCGAGAAGAGCAUUGCUCAGUAUGGAGCCAAGGCCCGCGAUGGUCAGAUCGCUAUCGAGGAUUUGAGCGGAGGCACCUUCACCAUCUCGAACGGAGGUGUCUUUGGAUCGAUGAUGGGCACUCCUAUUAUCAACGUGCCUCAGAGUGCUAUCUUGGGCAUGCACGCCAUCAAAGAGAGGCCUGUCGCCGUCAACGGUCAGAUCGAGAUCCGGCCCAUGAUGUACAUUGCCCUCACCUACGACCAUCGUAUUAUUGACGGACGCGAGGCCACCACCUUCCUUGUCAAGCUCAAGGAGGUCAUCGAGGACCCCGUUCGUCUCUUGUUGGAUGUUUAAGCGGUCUGUUUCAUUUUUUCCCUUCCCAUCACCCUCAUUCUUUUGCUAUGCACUGUUUUGAUAGACUCGUGCGGCUGCUGUG